UGUCCCAAAAGUUUGAUAAUCAAAACAAAAAUGGUAAGGAUCGGACUUUUAAAUGUGUUAAUGAGACAAAAGGCCUUGUCCAGGAAUUUUUUCAAAUUCGGCAAAAAAAAUGGAGAUACAGGCAACUUUGCACGAAUUGUAUCCGCCGGCAAGGUAUCCGAGGAACGUAGUGUUCCUGAUGAAAUCCAAAAGCCAGCGUACUACUUCAAGAAUUUACCGCCUGGAGAUACCCUGGGGACGCCAGAAAUUAAAAAUAAGGAGCAGAUAGAAGGGAUGCGAUUAAGUGGAAAGCUUGCAGCACAGGUUCUUCGUGAAUGCGGAAAGCUGGCAGUUGUUGGCAAAACCACCGAUGAGAUAGAUGCUUAUGCCCAUGAUCGGAUUAUUGGGGCCAAUGCCUACCCCUCGCCACUUAGAUACGCCGGAUUUCCAAAGUCCAUUUGUACCUCAAUUAACAAUGUCGCCUGCCAUGGUAUUCCCGAUGAUCGAAAGUUGGAAAACGGCGACAUUAUAAAUAUUGAUGUUACGGUGUUUUUGAAUGGAUACCACGGAGACUGUUCAAAGACAUUUCUUGUUGGUGAUGUUGAUGAAAAGGGUAGAUAUCUCGUUGAUGCCACAAAAUCGUGCUUAGAUCAGAGCAUUGACCUAUGCGGCCCUGAUGUGGAAUUCCAAAAGAUUGGACAGUUUAUUGAGAGCUUCUGUUCAGAGCAUGGUCUGGAAUCUGUUGCAGCGUUUAUUGGCCAUGGAAUCGGAAGCUAUUUUCAUGGUCCACCAGAGAUAUAUCACUAUUACAACGAUGUUCCUGGAAAGAUGCAGCCCGGCAUGACCUUUACCAUUGAACCAAUUUUGUCUCUCGGCGGAUCAGAGUAUGAUCUCCUGGAGGAUGGAUGGACGGCAUUGAGUUUAGAUGGAGCUCGCAGUGCCCAAUUCGAACACACCAUUCUCAUCACAGACAAUGGAACCGAAAUACUCACAAAACCUUGAUUUCUGUACAUGAAUUUUUAUUCGUGACGUUUGCAGACAUGUUGCAAGUUUGUAAUUCCCAUAAAGUGUAAAUAUGUGUCAGAUGA